CGGACACUAGCAUGUGUAGCAGCAACCUAGGAAAGCCUAGUUGCUAUAGCACCGCUUUUAGCAUCUUACCAGGCAAGAAAGAUGGAGGAAAUAGAAGAAUCUCCCUCUCCUGAAGAGCUGGUGCCUUGCAAAAUAUGUGGAAGAAAUUUCUUCCCAAGGGUUCUUAAAAAACAUAUGCCCAUCUGUCAGAAGUCAGCAGCAAAGAAAAGGAAGGUGUUUGACUCCAGCAGGCAAAGGGCAGAGGGAACCGAUAUUUCUACAGUUAAACCCUUAAAACCAAAGUUACACAGUUCCAGCAGCUCUAAGUCUGAUAAACCUGAACCACCCAAGAAGCAGUCUAAUUGGCGACGAAAACAUGAAGAUUUCAUUGCCACUAUUCGUGCUGCCAAAGGCUUAAAUCAAGUUAUGAAAGAUGGCGGACCCCUUCCUCCACCCCCUCCUCCGUCCUAUGAUCCAGAUUAUAUCCAGUGCCCGUAUUGCCAGCGGCGCUUCGGUGAGAAUGCAGCAGAUCGUCAUAUUAAGUUCUGUAAGGAACAAGCAUCCCGAAUCUCCAACAAGGGCAAGUUUCCUGGAAAUGAUAAAGCCAAGACCCCAGCCAGGACUCUGUACAAACCUCCUCAACCAAUAAAGGCAAACUCUCCUGCAGUAUCCACUGUGUCCUCAUCUCGUCUACCUCAGCGCUUAGCCUAUGGGCAGGGUGCUGGCACAGGGAUUCCUAGCAGUAAAACCUCAUCCACUGGCUCAGUGAGAAGCGUGUCGUCCGGAUAUUCUCCUUUACGGAACACCUCCUCUGGCCUGACCAGCCCUCCUUCUGAAGUGAACAUGAAACCCAAAGUCUUGGUUUCUCAAAGCUCCAUGAAAAGUCCCUCCUCAAGAAUAGGGAUGAAUAAGAAGAAGGUCCAAAAUGCAGACAACUAUAAUUCAAGGAAUGAUGUGAAAAACGAGAAUGAAAUCAAUUACCCCACAACAGGCACCAAGUUCUGCCAUGAGUGUGGGACCAAGUACCCAGUGGACUGGGCCAAGUUCUGCUGUGAGUGUGGGGUAAAAAGGAUGUGCAUUUAAAAUUGACAGAAAGACUGACUGUAUGCUUAAUGCUGAGAAUUUGCAAAGUGCAAUAUGAUUGGUUACUGUUAUAAAAGGAGUAUUAUUUUAUUAUUUAUUAUUUUUGAAAUUUAUUAUUUUUUGUAUGUUAUUUAGGAAUGAUAAAAAUAAUUUGAUGGUAAAUUGACUUCAAUCGAUCUUAAGGGGGGCCUUUAAAGGGGGGUCAGAUCAUAACGUGACUAUUCGAAUGGUUUAACGGCAAUAUCUUAAUGUAAUAUUUCUAUGUGAGGGACUGAAGAAUUUAAGUGCUAUCAUUUAAUGAAAAAUAAAUUAAUUUUUUUCUAGGUUGAAAAGGUUUCUAGGGUUCUAGAAUAAAUAGGAUAAAAAAAACAAUUAUUACACUGAGCAAUCUGCUAUUUCAUUUCAUUUUUUAUAUGUUCUUGAUUGUUUAUUUGUUUUGUGUGUUUUUAACAGUAUAAAAUUUUUUUAUAAAGACAUUGCCAUGUACAUAUAGUAGACAUAUACAAUCCAUCACAAUAUAUUUUCAGUCUGUCCAACAUAUUCACACAUAAACCUUACAUAAACAACAUUCAAAACUUGAAGGCAACUGAAUUGUAAUUUCAUAUACUUCUGAACCAUCAUACUACAACAUUGCAAAACGUAGCUUUACGACAAUAUUCUGUUGCUACAGAGCCUUUAAGCUUUAUCACUGCUGUCAAGAGUAAGAAAGUUAUGCAUUAAGGCUGUGUCUCGUUUGGAAGGCUGCAUGCUAGGUAGGACGCGUCCUUUGAAGGCUGCAGUAUACCGAGUGUCCUCCUUUAAACAAGCCUCGUUUAAACGAGACGGCCUUCGUAGGACAAACGGAAACAGAACGUAACAUGGUUACUAUGACAGCACACCACUCUUUAACAAGCGCGAGCACUUUGAGUGAGAAGGGAAAAAUUGCCCUUUAGAAGGGAAUGUAUGAGGUAAAUUUUAGGAGAGUUAUAAAGAUGUAAAGAGAAAAUAGAUUUUACAUGUGUACUUUUAGUCUAAUACUUUAUUUUAAUUAUAUAUUAAUAUAAUUAUACAUAUUAUAUACUCUGCACCCAUCUACUGAGGUGCUUCAACUUGGGAAUUAACAUUCCUUGCAUUUGAACAUCAUAUUUACGGGCAAAUUGGCGUCAUUUUUUUUAGACAUUUCUGUUGAAGCAAAGAAUUGUGGGUUGUGAGUGCUCACGAAGGAUACACCUCAUGCAUCCUCCGAACUGCUGUGAAAGAAGGUCGCAUUCAAAGUGCCUUACUUGCUUUUCUGAAACGAGACAGCCUUGAUGACGUCUGCGGCCGACAAAUGCAACCUCUGGAGGACGCAUCCUUCCAAAUGAGACACAGCCUUAGAGUAGGGCUGCAACAACUAAUCGAUAAAAUCGAUAAUUAUCGAUAAUGGAAAUCAUCGACAACAAAUAUCAUUAUCGAUUAGUUGGAUGUUUGCAAGUGAAAAAUGUGUUGCAUGAUGAAACUCAUUUGAAAAACAACAGAGAAAAGUUGAAGCGGAAAAAAAUAUGACCCAAGUUGUCCAUCAAACGAGAGCACUUUAUAAACACUUCAAAGAAGAUCAUAAUAAGCAUAGAGGUUAAUGUGGAGCAGUUGCUGCAUCAGGUGCGUUAACAGAGUAGGCCUACUUGUGCUGUUUGAUCCGCGAAAGUUGUUUCUCUCAAGCGCAUCACUUACACGAUACUGCUAUUUUCUAUUUUUCAUAAUGUAAACAUGUUAUGAAUUCAAAAUCAGCCAUGUAU